CUCGAAUUAUAAAAUGCCUGAAGUAAUCGGUUCCCUGGAUCCUCGUGGGGACAAUACUAUUCAUUGGAUAAUAAACGCUAGUUUACCAUUGUUGUUGAACUAUGAAGUAUGUAUAUCGUCCACAUUCAAUGUCGGUGUUGAUGAUAGACAAAGAAGUUUUCGAUGGAAACUCUACGAAAACUCAUCAAUAACAUGGAACUGCAAAAUAUCAUUUUUCAAGAAUGACAAAAUGUUACACACCCGAAGCCACAAUUGUACGUUUUCUGCGGCUCAUCGUGAAGAACUGAUUUUCAUCGCGUUCUCAGACGAAAUCGAUCAAUUGAUUCCUCUAACUGAUAUUCUAAAAAUUUCUUGCCAAUUAGAAUAUAUUAAAGAAAAUACAGAUAACUUUGUAAAGGAUGAGUCUGUCGAUAUGAUCGAAGAUCAGUUGAGAUCAAAAUUAAAUUUCGACUGGAUAUUUCUUGGCAAAGAUUUAAGUGACGUUAAGCUACUAGUUGCGUGUGGAAAGGAAAUCCCAGCGCAUAAGGUGGUCCUCGCCGCUGCCAGUCCAGUACUGAGAGCCAUGUUUACCCAUGACAUGUUGGAAAAUAAAAGCCAUUCAGUUGAUAUAAAUGAUAUUAGUUAUGAAGCUGCAGUUGAGAUGCUACGGUACAUCUACAUUGGUAGCGUCGAGACUCGAGAAUUCUCCUUGAUUGCUGAAGUUUUGGCCGCCGCUGAAAAGUAUCAGCUUGAAGAAUUAAAAAAUAAGUGCGAGCGCAUAUUGGGCUCGAAUUUAUCCACUGAAAAUGCUGUUCAGGCUCUUCGAAUUGCUGAUACGUAUAGUGCGAAACAUUUGAGAAAAAAAGCAGUUGACUUUGUCAAACGUAGUGUAAACGGACAAUUGAACUAUGACGAAAUAAGACUGUUUGAUCAGUUUUGGAACGCAUGUGUGGAACGAUACGAGUCCCGACUUGUGCAACGGUCAGUUGCCGUCAGCAGAUUGCCGUGGCAACACGUAGUCAAAAGUCUUGUGCGUGUGAUAAAGUCCCAAUUCGCUCGAGUAACAAAUCAAGUUUUCCAAGAUUUCCCACAGCUCAUAAAAUGUCAAGCGCUAAUAACGCUACAUGUCGGCAAGGAUAAAGGCACAAUUCUAUCGCCCAUAUUCAAUGUCGGUAGUAAUAAAUUUCAAUUAGACAUCACCUACGGCAGUUUUUACUAUUUUGAAAAAUGGAUAACGGGUGUGCGCUUAUAUCUACGCUGCAAAGAAGGUGCGGCAAAAUUACCAUACAAGUACAAGAUUUCAAUGAUCAAGGAUCACAAAAUUGUUCAAACUUAUUCAGGCGAUCCAUGUUCUGACGCGGAUAAAACGAUUUCAACUAUUACCCAAGAUGAGUUCAAGACGACAUUCAUCUCAUCUCAAGGUGAUGUAAUUAUUCACUGCGAAUUAACAACUGCAAUAGGACAUCAAAAGGAUUUAUUACUUCAUGAGCCUAUCGAUAUGAACCAAGUGUCUGUACCAAAAUAUUAUUUCAACGAGAUAUAUCUUGAUAAGAAUUUGAGUGAUGUCAAGUUGAGAUCGUCAUGUGGUAAAGAAAUCCCAGCACAUAGGGUCGUCCUCGCCGCUGCAAGUCCUGUCUUCAAAGCCAUGUUUAGCCAUGACAUGGUGGAAAAUAAAAGCCAAUCAGUUGAUAUGAAUGAUAUUAGUUACGAUGCUGUCGUUGAAAUGCUGCGAUACAUCUACACAGGCAGUGUCAAGACCCAAGAAUUUUCGUUGACCACCGAAGUUUUGACUGCUGCCGACAAGUAUCAACUUGACGACUUGAAAAAUAAAUGCGAACAAAUAUUGAUAUCCACUUUAUCAACUGAAAAUGCUAUCAAUGUUCUAAAGGUUGCUGAUAAGUACAAUUUAAGUCUUAUGAAAAGAAAAGUAGUCGAUUUUGUAAAGCAUAAAAUCACCGAGUCUUCGGACUCCGAUAAGGCCGGCACUAUGAUUCUUAGUGUGGCACAAUUUCUUUCGGAGUGAUUUUAAGUAAUAAUUUCUUGUAUUGCUAAGCUUUAAUAAAAUGUAAUUGUUAAUACUUUUUAUUGAAA